UUGUAUUCAUCCAUUACGAAUUUUCAAUCUUGUUGAUUAAUUUGAUUUAAUUUUUACGUGUGAUUAUUGGAAUAGUGUAAUAAUUACUACAAACUGAUUGGAGUCAUUAAAAAUGGCAGAUCGAUUAUUUAUUCACGAUGACAUUAAGUUAUAUACAACCUCAGAUAAAUUCUAUUUUGAGCCCACCAUUAAUCCAACAGAGAUUAUGAUCAUAGACCGAGUGACGGGGGAAGCAUCCGUCAAAGCAUAUGGCACAGUAAAGAUCCCUAUACCGCCCAAUGCGUAUAAACCUGUGUGUGGAUUCCUUGGCUCUAUCAAAUUAAUAUCUGGACUAUAUUUAGUUGUAGCAAAGUAUAGAAUAUUGGCUGGAAGACUGAAUGGCCAUGAUAUCUUUCAAUUGGCGGGCACUGACAUCAUCCCAUACGCACGGUCCACCACGCAUCUCACUAGUAAACAGAUUGAAGACAACAAUACAUAUGAACGGAUGCUGCGUGCGGCGCUGGAGACACCCGGCAUAUACUUCUCGUAUGGGUAUGAUCUCACACACACGCUGCAGCGUUUGCAUUCGGUAGCAGCUGACUUUCACAAGAUGUCGCUGGCGUCACGUGCGGACUCGAGGUUCCUGUGGAAUGGCCACUUACUAAAAGAUUUCUCACACGACCAGUUUGCGAGGUUCGCGUUACCUAUCAUAGAAGGAUUCGUGUCAAUAAACAACGUGACGGUGAAUGGUCACCAGCUGACGUGGUCGUUGGUGUCUCGCCGCUGCGUGCAUCGUGCUGGUACACGGUUUUACAUGAGGGGUGUUGAUACUCAGGGCAAUGUGGCGAACUAUGUAGAAACGGAACAAAUCAUUGAACGGGGUGGAGAGAAGUCUUCAUUCGUGCAGACCCGUGGCUCAAUUCCUUUAUACUGGAGUCAGUACCCAGACUUGAAGUAUAAGCCCCGGGUGACGCUCUCCCAUGAAGAUCACGUGGCAGCCUACACCAAGCACCUAAGGGACCAACAUCAAAGAUAUGGAAACCAGGUGCUGGUUAACUUGAUCGACCAGCGAGGUAGCGAAGAGGCGUUAGAGCACGGAUACCGCGCUGCAGUAGCGGCGGCGGCGCUCCCCGGCGUGCGGUACGAACCGUUCGACUUCCACGCGGAGUGCCGCGGCAUGCGGUACCAUAGACUAAACGUGCUUAUAGACCGCAUUGCGCACGAGCAGACGGAAUUCGGGUACUUCUUGUCCCGCGGUGGCACCGUGCUGCUGCGUCAGAGCGGUCUAUUCCGCACCAACUGCAUCGACUGCCUCGACCGCACCAACGUGGUGCAGUCGCUGCUCGCGCGGCUGCAGCUGAAUGCAGCGCUGCAGCUGCUAGCAGUAACCACUGCCAACUCCGUGCAUCCACAUCUUGACACGCUCUUCAAUAAUGUAUGGGCGGACCAUGCAGACAUGAUCUCCACUCAGUACUCCGGUACCGGCGCUCUCAAGACAGAUUUCACUCGCACCGGCAAACGUACGCAUGUAGGCCUUGCGAGGGAUGGAGUGAACUCGCUCACCAGAUAUUACAAGAACAACUUCAGUGACGGCUUCAGACAGGAUUCCAUCGAUCUGAUAUUGGGCAAGUACGUGGUAGCUGAAGGCGAAGGUAACACAGUUCCGUGUCCUCUGCGCAGGGAUAGAGACUGGAAAUAUAUUACUUUCCCGUCCGUGCUGCUGGUGGCCGUGUCGAUGUUCUGCGCGAGCGCGACGCUGCCGGCGCGGUACUCCAGCGAGGUGCUGCUCUACCUCAUGUUCUGGGGAGCCGCCGUCGGGGCCACGCUCUCCUUCAUAUUCAAGCACGGCAAAGAGUUCGUGGACUGGCCACGCCUGGACCGCGGCGAGCUGGCGGCUGCGCGCGCGCCUCAGACGUCUUUAUGAUCUCCGACCUGCCGCUCGUAGUAAUCGUGUAGCUGAACAUGGUAUACUACACCACAUCCUGUAUAGUUCACACCAAAACGCCUCAAUUGCAAUACCACAAAUUUAUGGGAUACAAAAUAAUUGGGUUAUUUUUUUUACAACUUUCAAUAUGUUUAUUUAUGCAAUAAAUUGGAUAUACCGUUUAGAGAAUACUCGGGUAACCUACACUACAGUCCACACAAGCUCGCCUCAAUUGCAACGCCAUAAGUCAAUGGAAUACAAAAUAAGUGGGCCAUUGUUUUGAUAACUUUCAAUAUGUUUAUUUAUGUAAAAAAUUGGGUAUAUCUUAAAGAAAAUACUUUAUUUAAAUAGUUCAUAUAUUUAUUUAAUUUGACGCGAUCCUUAUGUAAGGAUCGAUCUCUGUUUUCACAUAUCGGAUCUUUGUUCACAUAUUCAUUUUUUUUGUAAUAAAUUUCUUAAAACACAAUAUUCUGCAAUUCUCGUAAGAGAGAUGCUAUGCACGAAUUGUCAUCUGUCAUUCUUAAACAUAUGUAUCUAAUCUUAAACGUAGUAAAGUUCAAAAUGCGAUAAACUUGCUGUCUAAUAAGAUUUACACGAAUAUAUUUUUGUAUUUUUUUUAACAACUAAUCAUUGCCAAGGUAUUUUGUGCAUACUGCUUUAUACGCUUCACGAUAUGCUUCCUAUGUACAAAUGUGUAUGAAGAUACAAAUAAUAUUGUUUUUACGAAAUAGAAUAGCUUAUACGAUUUGCCACCGAUUUUAAUCGAUUAUUCAAAAUGCCGAUCUAUUCG